GAAACCCGACCAGGCAGCGGGGACGGCAGCUGCGCCCGGCGACGGGGAGGACGGCAGCAUUGGGGACAAGGACACCCGCGCCCCGUCCCCACGCCCGGCGCCCGCCGUCGGCCAUGGGGAACGGCAUGAGCCAGAUCCUUCCUGGCCUCUACCUUGGGAACUUCGUUGAUGCCAAAGACCUGGAGCAGCUAAGCAGGAACAAGAUCACGCACAUUGUUUCUAUCCAUGAAUCCCCCCAGCCCUUGCUGAAGGACAUUACCUACCUCCGCAUCCCCCUGCCCGACACCCCUGAAGCCAACAUCAAGAGGCACUUCAAGGAAUGCAUCAGUUUUAUCCAUCAGUGUCGCCUGCAUGGAGGGAACUGCCUCGUCCACUGCCUCGCUGGCAUCUCCCGCAGUACCACCGUGGUCGUUGCCUACGUCAUGGUUGUCACGGAGCUGAGCUGCCAGGAGGUGCUGGAUGCCAUCCGGACCAUCCGGCCCGUGGCCAACCCCAACCCCGGCUUCAGGCAGCAGCUGUCUGAGUUCAGCGGCAGCGCAGCCCACAAGGUCCGCAGGCACCUGAAGCAGAAGUAUGGGAUGUCCCCUUUCAAUGACGAGGAAGAAAUAAAGGCCUUGCUGCCAGUAGGGAGAGAAGGAACGUCCAGGACAGAGGGAGCUGUGCAAGGACUGGUCCCAAGAGCCAGAGACAUGAGGAGCACAAGUCCCUUCCUGCUGCGGGUGAAGAGGACGUUCUCCUGCAUCCCGGCUUGUCUGAACUGCGUGGGGAAAAGUGGAGCAGAGAAAAAAAGUUUAAGAACCGUCCCCCCCUGCCUUGGGGCAGCCAGAACCUGCAGCGUGCGCCAGGAAAGGGAAAGUGAAAGCCGGAGCCGCUUUCGGUUUCGCCGCCGGGCCGUGAUGGCGGAGCCGGGGGCGCCCAUGCGGCUGAAGGAGUGGCUGAUCGCGCAGAUCGACAGCGGCCGGUACCCGGGGCUGCGCUGGGAGAACCGGCAGCGAACGCUCUUCCGCAUCCCCUGGAAGCACGCGGCCAAGCAGGAUUACCGGCAGCAGGAGGAUGCUGCGCUCUUCAAGGCCUGGGCCAUCUACAAGGGGAAGUACCACGAAGGGACGGACAAGGCCGACCCCUCCACCUGGAAGACGCGGCUGCGCUGCGCCCUCAACAAGAGCACCGACUUCAAGGAGGUGCCGGAGCGGAGCCAGCUGGACAUCUCCGAGCCUUACAAGGUGUACCAGAUCGUGACUGACAGAGCCUGCGAUGCAGAGAACAGUGACACACAGUCCCCAGGCAGUGAGGACCAGCAGGGCAGCACUGCAGGGAGUCCAAAGAAGGAGGAAAGCCAGAAGGACGUGCUGGAGAGUGUCCAAGUGUCUCCACAGCCCCGGAUCUCUGGCCACCCAACCGAGCCAGGGUGCCUUGUGAGGGGAGUCUUCUAUGGCUGGAACCCAACCCAUGGCCAGCUUCUUCCCGGACCCCAAUCCUACCUCCCUGUGGAGGACAUCAACAAUUCAGACUGCUGGCUCCACAUCCGCCUGUACUACUGCGACGUGCUGGUGAAGGAGGUGACCACGCGCACGGCCGAGGGCUGCCGCAUCACCACCAGCGCCGUGCCGGCCGACAGCGAGCGCCUCUACGGCCCCUCGUGCAUGGAGCAGAUAAGAUUCCCCCCGCCGCAGGUGCUCGGCGGCCACGGCCGCGUGGCCUGCAUGACCAACGUGCUGGAGCGCCUCUUGCCCCACCUGGAGCGCGGCGUGCUGCUCUGGGUAGCACCUGAGGGCGUCUUCAUGAAGCGCCAGUGCCAGGGCAGGGUGUACUGGAACGGGCCGCUGGCCCCGCACAAGAACUGGCCCAACAAGCUGGAGAGGGAGAGGACGUACAAGCUGCUGGACACACAGCAGUACAUACAGCAGGUGCGGGAGUACCUGAGCAACGGGCAGCUCCUGCCUCAGUACCAGAUCUACCUGUGCUUCGGGGAGGAAUACCCCACCAGAGCUGGGCACCCCUUCCAGAAGCUCAUCAUGGCUCACGUGGAGCCGGUGUUCGCUCGGGAGCUCUUCCACCACGCCCAGCGCUUGAGGCCGACGCUGCUCUGCAAUUCCCCCCAGCCCUGUGUCCCUGGCACCUCCAGCCACGUUCUCCAUGUCCUCAAACAGCUCUGCCAGCCCUGAACUGGGUGGGAGAGGAGAGCCCAGUUGCCAUAAAGUCUCAGAGUGGGAGGCUCUGAGCCCCGUGGCUCCAUUCCAGCUGCAUUUCCCGAGCCAGAGUGCUCAGGGUGCUCAGUGUGCGGGACCAGACAAGGACAGAUGUUAGCUGGGUGGGCAGGUGCUGCUGCCCCUGUGAUUGCUGUAUUUAUUCCCCAGGAGUCCCCCAGGUGGGGUUUGUUGCGUGCCUAUUCAGCAAGCCAGGGCAGACCUGGCUCUCUCUGUGCACCUUGUGCUGCCAGGACUCGCUGUUGCAAACCUUACAAAUAAAGGUUGUGUUUUCCUGUG